GUCGUUAUUAUUAUUAUUAUUUUUUAGUUUAUUCUCAACCAGCAUUAUUUAAUUAUCUUUACCUCGCGUUGUCAAAUGGAUCCAGGAGAAAAGUCAUUUAAUCCUAAGCAAGCGAGGGAACAGAAGCUGAGACGGGACCGGGGACGGAAGGACAGCCGGCGGCCGGGCAAUGAGACGCAGCACGGCCCCAAGGGCCAGCGGGAGCAGAGCGGCCGGCCGCGGGACCACACGGCAGGGCCCCCCGCCGAGCCCCAGGGACCCGCGAGCAAGGCAGCGCCUGCCGAGAGCACAGAGCCGCCGGAGCUGCCGGACUUCUCUGGGCUGAAGCGGGAGACGGACGAGAUCGCGGCGCUGACCAGCAGGAAGUACGCCAAGCGGCAGGUGUUCAGCAACUGGACCCGGUACGAGCCCCCGGCGGCGGCCGGCGAGGAGGAGGCGGAGGGACGGCCGGCGAGCUUCGAGGACCUCGCUCGGCUGCCCGCGUCAGCCGGCAGCCACUUCAAGUUCAAGAGCGAGCGCAACUGGGACUCUGACCCGUCGUCGCUGCGCGCCCGGUGCUUCUCGGUGAACGUGGAGUUGCUGGCGCAGGGACUGGCGUGCGUGCCUCUCUACGACAAGCUGGAGCUGCCCAAGGACAUGCUGACGGCUGAAGAACUGGAGAGGAUAGACUACUCAGCGAAGCAGAGCGUGGCCCGCUACAGCGUCGCCAAGGCAUCCCUCGGGACCGGCGGCUGCGCGCCAGACGCCGGCAGCCACAUCGACAAGAUCCUCAACGUCUUGUCGUACAAAGAGAACCGCACCGGCCGCAAGACGGACCCCUCCAUGUACGAGAACGUGGACGAAGACGACCAGCUGGAGAACAAGAGCCUGGUGCGGUUCUCGUUUGAGGCGAGCCCCGCAGAGAAGGUGGAGGCACCCGCCCCCGCCAGGGGCCCACCUCCCCGGGAUUCCACACCCACCGUGGAGGAAAGGGCAGCCCUUACGGACACAACUCCCGCCUGGGGAACCCCGGAGGUAACCUCGUCUCCCGACCCGACUGCCGCAGAUGUUCCGGUAGGACAGGACCCGUCCUCGAAUGAUGCACGUUCAGGGAACACUGCGGCGAGCGUUGAAAACCAUACCGUAGAGGAGCCACCGGACAGCACAGCUUGUUGGGAGGAAGAGAAGCCGGCGAUCCUGGAGCAGCGGACGGCGAGAGGCAAGAAGGGCGCCUCCAGAGGAAAGAGCAAGAACGACGAGAAGAAAGGGCGGAGCGAAGAGAACAACAAUGUCGAGAAUGAAAGAAUGGCGGAAGGGGAAGCCGUUAACGGCACUGGCAUCACCGAGAAGGUUGUUGUCGUGGAGGUUGAAAGACCAGCUCGGCCUGUGGCGGAGGUCGAGACGAAGAAGAUCGCCGUGAAGCCGUCCAAGGACUCUAAGAGGAAGGUGGUUGAGGAGGGCAGCAGACCCGUGGAACAAGGGCACAAGGAGGAAAAAGCAAACGUUAAAAAGAGCCCUCGUGUGGACGAGGACCUGGACUUCCUGCUGUCCCUCAAGAAGCCCGUGGAGGACGUGAGGCCAAAGAUAGCAGCGCCGAGUCAAGUGGUGCGGUCUGCCAUCGACAUGGACGAAGCGGACGGUCGACCAUUGCUGGUCGCACAGAGGGCCAACGAGGAGAACCUAGAGGCCUGGCUCGACUCCAUGCUGGAUGACUGACUUCCGACCGCUCGGAGCGUAACACUGGCAGCUGGUAGUGAUGCUUCCUGGUCGAAUUGUAACUAUACGUAUUGUGCUAUGUAAUAUUUUGUUGAUUAACUUUUAUUUAUUAAUGUAAGAAUGUAUGCAAAACCUUCCGUUGUAAGAUGUGGUCGAGUGUGUUUCAAUUUUUUUUUUUUGUUUUAAAAUUUUUUUCUCCCACAGUUGUGGGUGGGUGGGCGUGUGCAUGUGUAUGCGUGCUUGCAUGCGUAUGUGCGCAUGCAUGCCACCUGAAACAUGUCCCUCUACAACAGUGUUUUACCUUUUACUGGAAGUUUUUACAUUCAAGGUUGGCCCUGCUAGGCAACCUAGAAUAUCAACAAAUUCCUGAUCCUCUUGAAAAUUUCAUAUAAUGCUAAUGUGUGAUAACUUCGAAAAUUAUUUUGAGGUUCUUCUUUUCACCAAAAGUAAGGAUGAACUACUUAUUACCUAAUUUCUUUUCUUUAUGUCAAUUAAAAUAAUUGUUGACCAAUAUUGUUGUUUUGUAUAUAUACAUUCAAAAAACAGAUUACAACGUAGAAUGCAUAUACCAAAUAAAGCUCCAGUUCGAGAUGAUAUUUUCAUACUACUGUCAUCAUCGCACGAUAACAAAAAAAAAAAACUGGAUUCCUUACUUAAAAUCCUUGACUUGUACAUUCUUCAUUCUUCGAAACCCAUGUCUCGAGGGGUGAUCAUAGUCACCUUGGGCCGAUGCCAGAGGUCAAAAUUUCUGUUUACAACUGUCCAAAAAUAAAUAAAUUUUAAUAGGAUUAAAAUUUGGCCUGGUCCCGACCAGAAGGCGUACAAUUAUCUCGUCACAUUUACCCUUGAAAAUUUUGAGAGUUGCCGAUGACGCAACCGCACGCAGCGACAAUUGAGCGACAACUGAUCAGACAACGCAGCUACUGUCCUUUACAAAGGUGGAAACAAAAGGGAGGCAGCCCUGUGGGCCAACCGACCUAUCACAAUACACAUGACCAUACAUGGAAAAAUAUGCGCAAACAUUGUUCCAUGAAAUUCUGGAGCAUCACAUUCCCCCCACAGCGUAGUUCAUCCUGAUUGGCUGCAGAAACAGUGCUCAGCGAACAUCUACUCCAUUGCUGUGCAGUCAUGCCCCUACGUGCUGGGUUUUACCAACAACGCACUUCUUGGGGAGACAAACAAAACUUACGGCGCUAGGGUAUCACACCCCUGGCUUUCUUUGUUUUUGAACAUUAUAGAAUUUCGAAGUCAACCAAAAAUUGCCCAACGCAGGGUGGUGAUUGGUCGGAAAAUUCAGGAAAAUGUAGACAUAUACAUAGGAAUAUUACGCUGCGGGAAAUACCCAUGAAUUUAUUCACCCCUCGGGAGUUUUGCUGUUCUUCGUCCAUACUGUAACUAUCGUCUAACAAUUAACAGUCGUUGACUAUGUACGCGUUUAACUGACUCGAUAUAGAAAAUAUAUUUAAUAGCUAUGGAUUGCGAUAGAAAUAAUUAAUUUAAGAGAAAAGAUGCCAUGGGAGAGUCAGCGUCUGCAGAUGAAAGCCUAUCGGCAGUCCCAAUACCAUUUGUUUACACUUUUAGAAGCUGACACCAGAGUGAAUUCAUACUGUUGACCGCACAUCAUCCCAAUUUUCUUAAUACCAAUUGCAGUUUAAUUUCUUUAUCGUUGAUGAUCUGGUUUCUGUUUAUUAAAUUUCCAUACAGUUUAUUUUUUUAGCAAAUAAAUUUUGGUUUUAUUAUGGCUAAUGCUUGUUUUAGUGUCAACUUUAUCAUAUCAAUAUUUGGCAACAUCUUCAUCUAAUAUAUUAAUAUCAUUGUUUCUGCUUUUACCCAGAAAGUUUGUGAUACAGCAUUUUGUACUAUAUGUUUACGUAGGCUUUGAAGUAAACUGAACUUUAAUUAAUUAAUGUUGUUAUGACACAUUACUGCCCUACAUCACAAUUGUAUAAUUGUUGAAGUAACAAACGGACAUGUCUCGUGUGUAAGAAAUAACUAGAGGUUAUGUAACUUAACCUCAGUUUUUUUUUAUUGCAGAUGACUUUCAGCUUCAUGUUGCGAUGUGUUGGGUUAAUAUAGUUCUCUUGUUUGUUAAUUAAAUUUAAUUACUGGUAUGUUAUUAUAAGUUUAUAUUCUAAGCUUUCACUGAGAUUAGUAUUCAAAAAUGGCCCAAGCCAGGUGACUGGGAAGUGUUCCUUUCAGGACCUGGUACUGAAUGAACCUGAUUUUACUGGUAGGUUACACAGAAAUUUCGGCGUUCAGAGAGGAUCUUCUGUAGAUGCAGAUUGUCUUGUAGACAACAUGGGUCACGUGGAUGGUGUUCAGGCAGCACGCAACGCUCACGCUCGGGAGGAACACACAACUCCAGUGUCAGCCCAGUCGUCGCAAGCCAGGCGAUUUGGAUGUCAGAACUAGGAAGGAAAAACUGUAAAAUUCUUGAAGAAGCAUGUGCUGAAGCCAGUGUAUUCAAUGGUGAACUCUCAGGUUUGGAAAAAAAAGCUUUGAAUUUCUGGAAUAAAGUGAUGUGCUAGCUAACGACAUAGGUAUCUCAGUGUUCUCUGCGGAUUCAUUUUAACAGAAUUUAUUGGUUUAUAUAUUAUUUUAAAUAAUUGGAACUAAUAAAUUAUAUUUUCUAAGUUUUUCGUAUAACAAUCAUUCCAUAUCUGUGCAGUUAUAUUAAUUUAUUUUAUUUUAAUAUUUUAAGUGUAAUUUAGUAUUACAGAAAAUGCAUAGAAUUUGGGUAAAAAAAGAGAGUUAAAAAAUUCUGAAAAAUUGAAAAUUAAUUUCUGAAAAACCUAUUGAACCUGUUGAAAGAAUAAUAAUAUUUCAAGGCUACCAGCUGAAAUGGAAACUGAGAAACUGAGAUACAUGCGUCAUAAAGUUGUUGAGCUGAGUUGUCAACUUGCAUGAGCCAGGCCAUCGCGUGACGGCCGCUCGUGACCGCAGUCCCGCCAACCUUCUGGAAGAGAUGACAUCAGGGGAUGUUGUUGGGGUUUUUCGCUCUGCCUUCUAUAUACCCAAAUUUUACCUUUUGCCUGUGAGCCACGCAUUAUGUCGCGGAGAGAAGACGUACAGCUCACAGCCGAGGAUUUGUUUCUCCCCUUCUCUGAACAUGUCUUUCACUAGUUACAUUUACAAGGAGAGGAUCCAUGGAAAACAAUUACUUUCUGAAUACGAGCUCUCUCUACCCCUCUUCACGAUUUUCGUGACGAAUAAGGGGCUAAAAAUACUGCAAAACGGGUUUGUACCAUGUAGUGCUUAAAAUGAAUUACUUGUGUAGACAUCAUGAAGAAAAACUUCUAAUUCAUUAUAAUUCAUUGAUAUUUUAAGCCAAUGCACUUUUCACGUAUUGACCGACUAGUGUAAAUGACAGUCCAUGCUUCAAAACUUCAGCGAUUGCAUUGGCACACCUGGCGGCCACGUAUAUAACAUCCUCCGUAAGGAUAGCUGGCGUUGUGGAUAUGCCGUUUCCUGCCAGUAAACUCCCCCCUCCCCCCCAAAGACUGUCCCGCUGUCACCGAACAUACUGAAGACAGUUAUGAGCAAAGUUAUUAUUUUAUCUUAGCACAAAUGUACUAAAAUAAAACAAAUUGUUGGCUUAGAAUGAAAACCGUGCAUCUCAAAUUUUAUCAAGAACAUAAAUAAUUACUGAAUAAAUAUAUUUACUUGAAAAAAAUUUUCCAAAAUUUGUUUUAAUACCUUUUUUAUUUUCUGCUGCAAAGUUGUUUUUCUUUUUCUUUCUGAGAUGUGUUUUUCAUUCUGAGUUAACAAAAUACAACAAAUCUAAAACAAAAGUUGCUUUACAGCUCUUUUUAUAAAUAACUUUCAAUUUAAUUUUAUUGACAUUCUUGAUUUAUGAUGAAUUUUAUUAAAUUUUGUUGUGAUUUUGGAAGAAAAAAAUUCUGAACCAGGUUUUGUGAAUUUUUGAAAUAGAAAAUGUGGGGAUUUCUACAUUUCCACUUAUACUCAUUAUAAUGUAGAAAAACUAAAGUGUCAACAAUAGGUCCAACUGUCUAAGUGGCUUGCUAAGGUUCUAAGACUUAGCUGAUAGCAGUGUUGGUAAAAGACUGUGAAGAAUAUGAAGUAGCCUUACAAUAGUUGUUGAUGUUUGUAAGAAUAUACCUAAAUGUGGAAAUGUGUGUUGACAAAACUAUGUAAAAAAAAAAUUUGUUACCUAUGUAUUUAUUUGUGUGUUGUGGAAUAAAUAGAUUUAACAUUUUACCUUGGUUGUCUGACCAAAAAGA